AUGGCGCAUUCGUCCGUCGGUAUGAAGCGGAAAGCGCACAUUGACCCAGAGACUUGGCAAGAGAUGCAAGAGCAAGACGUCGAAGAUCAGGAGCAAGAGCUGCUCGAGUGGCGAGUCUUAGCAGCCGAUUUGAUGGCUGAGAAAAGGGAACUCCUGGACAUGCUCGCCGAAUCCCAAGCUGUGGUUCAGGACCUCUUGCGCAAGACUGAGGCUUAUGCUGAUCUCGUACACAACCUGAAGCAAGACUUGCAAGAGGUGCAAGAUGUGCUUGCAGGGAUGCCAGCUUUCCAGGACAAGCAAGAUGCACAGGAUCAGAGAGAUCAGGGAGCAAGAGUCUCCAGCCUCAGUGCUCUUGUGCAGGACAAGCAAGAGGCAGAGGAUCAGCAGGCAAAAGUCUCCGGGGGGAGUCCUGCUUUCCAGGAGAAGCAAGAGGCAGAGGAUCAGCAAGCACGAGUCUCCCGCGUGAGUGCUGCCCUGCUAGCGAAUCACACCCCUUCAAUUUUGGAUGACCAGCAAGAUGCACAAUGCCUCAUCAGCUGGAGCCUAGGGUACGAAGGGUUCCCGGACACGGCAAGAUCCUGA